UAUCGGGGUAGGAAGCCUGCCUGACUCGUCCUGGAACAAUGGGAGAUACAGCAGCCGCUGCAUACACAGCACACAUGCCCAAGGACAGGCCUGUGGUAGCUGCAGCGUAGAGGAAACCGGCUUCCUCAGUCAGCUCGGAAAGUGAUCAGACUUUUCACAGGAGGGGAUUUUCUCCUCCACAGCCGGGAAACAGACAUGUAAGGCUGAGGCCUCUUUUCUUUUCUCACCUCCAUUCUGGUGCCUUGCAUUUCAUUCUGCUGGAGGGAGAUAUCAGAUGAUCUGACUGGAUGACAGAAAAGGCAGCAGCAGCAAGCUCUGUGGCGUUGUUGUCGGGGGGUCAGAGGAGCUUGACGGGAGAAUCCUAACAGGAGCUCAACCCACAGAUGAGAACAAUGUCUAAUGAGGCAGAACAGAGAACGUGUGAUGAGGAUUUUGGUUCAGAGGAGGAGGAGGGUGAGGAAGGAGACGUGGAGUCUUACCUGGAAGACAACAGCAGCGAGCUCAUGGACCGACUCAGAGAGCUGGAGGCUGAGAACUCUGCUCUGAUGUUGGCAAAUGAAAGCCAGAGGGAAGCUUAUGAACGAUGCUUAGAUGAGGUGGCCAAUCAUGUGGUCCAAGCUUUGCUUAAUCAGAAGGAUCUGCGGGAGGAGUGCAUCAAGCUGAAGAUGUUGGUGUUUGACCUGGAGAGGCAGAACCGGGCGCUCUGUGAGCUCUUCCAGCAGAAGCUUCCCAAUCAUCCCACUGCUCACUACCAGGUCCAGGCGGGAUCCCUCCCAGACUGCAAUGCACAGCUGCACAAUGACUCGGCCAAACAGGUGGAGCCGACUCAGACUGAAGCACAAGCCAAGGGAAAUGGUUUCCGCACACAACAUGCCUCCCCGGGCCCCCGCGGCCCCGCCGCCUCCAUGGAGGCCCUAUCUCCCUUCUUCAAGAAGAAAGCCCACAUCCUGGAGGUCCUGCGUAAAAUGGAGGAGACAGACCCCCUGAAGUUCCACCCGUCCACCACAAGCUUGUCUUUCUGUGACUACAGCCAGGUGCUGAUGUCAACAGAGGCUGUUCUUGCCACUGCUGACCCCCACCCAGUCCAGUGCAAAUCCCACCACUCACACUGCCACUGCUCCUGCACCGAUGCUGAGACGCACCCACACGUCAACGGUGACGGGGCGGUGAAGUGUGAGGGAGCAAGCACGUGCUGUUCACACUGCAAAAGGAGUCCAGACAGCGCCCCCAAGCCAUGCAGCCAAGUCUGUAGUCCUACAAAAGCCAACCCUUCCAUCCAGAGCCACGUUCCUGCAGCCGCCAUGAGUGAAUGUCACAGCAAGUCCAGAGCAGGAGAGACCAAGCAAUGUACUGUCAACAAAGCCCACCAGCAGCAAGCAGGCACCUCGGCCCACUCUGUGACGGAACCGCUCCAUCGGGUUCUGGAGGUGGCCGGUCUAGAACAGGACGGCUCAGAAAUUGGUAUUCCCGAAGAGCUCACAGGUUUCUGCGGCACCUCCGAUCUAACCGGGUCCGUAAAGGAAUCCAUGCCAAUCCCACACUGUGACACGGAUGCAAGCGGCAGCGUUACCAAUGGCUUGGGGCAGUUGUCCAGCGGCGUGCCGAUCGACCCCUCAGCCGUCCCUGAAAAGGACAUCACAGAUGAGGAAGCUUCCUCUGUGCGAGCAGGUGCCUCUGUCAGCCCGAGUCCCUCCUGCCUCAGUGACGUCAAGUCCGCUGCCAUCAACUCGCCGUCCAAGUUGCUGAAGUUCCUGAAAAUCCCGUCCAUGGGGGACAAAGCUCAGGCAUCAACCUCGGCGGUUCGCCUAAGCCCGCAGCUCACACGCAACUCCAGAAUCCCGUGCCGCACCAACAACUAUGAGGUCUAUCACUCUCCGGUUCCUUCCCGCAGAGCCACCACCACAGAGAGGUGCAAGCAGCCCCCACCCCCACCGUCCAGGUCCGAGUCCUACCCUGCCACACACUCUGCACCAACCUCCCCUCCGCAACUGGAAGAUGUCUGCUCCCCACCCAAAGAAAUAAGCUACAGCAGUCUCUCUGCACCAAAAACCAGCGAAGGCUCAAAGCCGGGGAAUCCAUCCGCUGCAUCCAUGGGCUAUCCCAGAGCUUCUCAAAAGGUCCCGCAUUACGAAAACAUCUUGGAUAUGUCCUCCCCUAGAGAAGGGGAACCAACCCAGGGCCUUGAAAAGAGAAGCACUAUUCCUUCCCAAUCAAGGGUCAACGGUGGUGAGAGGAAGCUUGUUAAGUCUUUACCAGAAAGUGUCUUGAAUGCCUCUCCCCAGCGAAAGCAGUCAUCCUCAUCGACAUCGGAGUCGACGUCUGAAGACGAAGAGGAUUCCGACAGUCCCGUGUGGGUCAAUCAUCACAGUUUGCCCAACACAGCUGGCCUCUGCAAAGCUGAGAACCAAGCAAGCUACCCAAGAACAAGAGACAAACAUGACAUCGAUAUUAGAGAGGUCAGCAUGCCAAGCUGCGAAGCCUCCCAGCCGCCGCCUCCUCCUGUCCGACGGACCGAUUCCUCAUCCAUCCCCAAGAGGCCUAGCUCUGCUACAGGGAGAUCUCAAGCUGACUCCAGUCACCAUGCCUUCAAAGACCGACUGGCAGCUCUGGGAAAGCUGAGGAGCUCUGAGGAUUUACAGAUCAGGCCUGUGGACACUGUGGCUGAGGCGUCCCCUGGAGAGGAAAGGAGCAAGACCACAGAGAGGUCCACAGAGGUCCAGAAAGAGGAGCAGAGACAUUCUAAGUACACAGAUUCUCUAGACGGUAAACCUAAAAGUACUAGUGGUGGUUUGAAGUAUCCCAGUUCGUCUCAGCUGUAUGAACAGCCCGGAAAAUCGUCGAGUAAAGAACUGUGCGUUCCCAGGCCUGAGGGCUCAAAGAGCAAAAUCGGUUUGCCUUCCCCCAACUCGGAUGCUCCGCAGGUCCUACGCAACAACAUCAAGUGUCCCGGCUCCCUGAAUCUAGCUUACAAUGUCAAAAGUGGUCCGCAGAGUACAAACAGUCCUAACAAAAUACCCCCCAAGUCACCAUCCAAACCUUGCCAAGGCGUUUCUGUCCAUAGAGGAGGGAAGCCUUCAGAAGCACCGCGUUACUCAUCUAAGUCCGAGGAGAGGACUAAGAUCAGCGGGAAAGGAAAGAAGAAUCCGAUGUACGGAGACAGCCUCCCACCUCCGCCUCCGAGACCCCCGACGUCUGAGGCGGAGAAGCCGUCGCAGCCAGCUCCCACUCCACAAUCCGCCAUCGAGCAAAAAGUUAUGAAGGGGAUCGAGGAGAACGUCCUAAAACUUCAGGAGCAGGACAGAGGAGCGCAGAGCAGCGAGGUGAAACAGAAAGCCUCAAACGGCAUCGCAAGCUGGUUUGGUCUGAAGAAGAGUAAGCUGCCCGCACUGAGUCGCAAGACCGACGCCACCAAAGGAAAAGAUGAGAAGAAAGAGUGGAAAAUAAACAUCCCCUCAGUGGGCAGAGACUCGGCAAAAAUGGCCAGCAGAUGCAAAGAAGGCGUGGAAGGCCUGAACAUUUCCACUCUGAUGGAGAAGGCUGAAGGCCUGAGGAGGGCCCUGGAGGAGGAGAGGGCCUAUGUGGAGAGGUCCGGCAGGGGCCACUCCUGUGAGGUGGUGAUGGACCAAGCUCAGGGACAGCUGGCUGUGAUGUACAGAGGGGGGCGCUCCGACAACUUCAUGCAACAGCUGCUUAACAGAGUUGACGGGAAGGAAGUGAUCAGCCUGCCGCAGCGCCGGCUCUCCUUCGACUGUAAGACGUCCAAGCCGGUGUUCACUCAGCAGACCAGCGUCAUCAGUCACACCACCAGUCAUGACGACAUGGAGAAGGGAUCAGAGAGAAUCAGCAAGAUCACAUCUGACGAAAACCUUGCAGAUUCAGUUCACUCUCAGCACUUUGCAGGCUCCGGUGCUUCCACAUACACCCUGGACAGCGGUAUUGGUACUUUCCCUCUUCCCGAUUGCAGCAGCGGAGCCACGGGAAGGGGGCCAUCCAAAACGAGGGCAGGAGCGGAGCAUCAGUCCUCCGACUCCCCAGGAAGAUCUGGACGGCGAGCUCGCACCCUGGACAGGGAGCUGACAUCGCAGGAGGAAUGCUUCGCAUCGCACAAACAGCUGAUCCCCACCAUUCAGUACUGCUCCAUGCUGGAGGGGAGGAGCUCAGCAGGAGUCAUACGUGAAGACAAGGAGGCCCACGGAGCCAACAUGUUUUCUCCUCGCUCCAAGACCUGGACUUUCCCCAACCUGAAGGCUCCAGCAGGAACUGCAGAGGUGUACCUCGCUGUUGAGGAGGAGGAGGAAGAGGAGGACGUAGUGACGUUUGGAUCGCCAUUUAGAGGGAACAUGAAAGCCGGGGGCCCUUCCUCCAGCAGAGUGGUCGACCCGGGCAGCCUGCCCGUCCCCGCCCAGCCCGGGCUGAGCCGGAGAGGAAAGACCCGCACUCCCAGCGUCCCGGAGAUGAGCCGGGAGGCAGGGCUGGAGCUGCUCAGGGAGCGGCCCGAGGAGGCGCUGUCCCCGAGCCGCCCUCAGGUCCUGGAAACUCCCGAGUCCCUGAGCGAUUCCCUGUACGACAGUCUGUCAUCGUGCGGCAGCCAAGGAUGAUAACGGGCGAGGACGGAAGGAAGGGGGGGCAGGGGGCCCACCUGAUGCUGCUGACACCUUAAGGAGAACAAACAAACUGUGCUUUGCUGUCGUUGGUUAGGAGUAAUCUGUGGCGACUUGUCAGCUGUUGCAACUGGAAAGACGGAUUGAUCUCUUCUCCUCAGGAUUUCUAAAACACACGUAAAGCCAAAAGACGCCCAAAUAAUUUACAUUGCUCACUUUUACAAAAUCAGACUUGACUGUGGACACUUCUCUUGAACGGACACAUAACAAGACUUAAAAAAAAACAAAAAAAAAAAAACGCAUGGCCAAGCUAAAGAUCAGCACAAGAGGUUGUCACUCCUGCUAGUCUCUCAGAAAUGCUUUUAUUUUCCUCAUCCUGGUAGAAGAACUUUAAUUGUGUUCAUCAUGACAGCGGUUCAGUAGACAAAGUACUGUUUUGAUGCAUCCGUUCAUUUCUUGACAUCAUUUCACCGUAAAGUGUGUUAAGAAAAAGAUUAGAAAAAAAAAAGAAC